AUGGUGCAACUUACAGUUAUUCCUGCUUCCACCCAAGCUGGCAAGGCGACAAUAUCUGCCUUGCUUUCUGACGAGAAAACAACAAGAGUUGUUGGUAUUUACAGAGAUCUUACCAAAAUACCAUCCGAGUUCAAGAGUCACCCAAAGUUCAUUGCAAGGCAAGGGGACAUCGCUUCAAGCCCUUCGCUGGAUUUCAACAGCUCGGAUGCCGUCUUUUACAUCCCACCACCUAUAUACGACGGGUCCGACGUAGGUGAAACUGCUAGAAAGCAUGCUGAGAAUGUGAAGGAGGCCCUGGCAAAGGCAUCUUCAGUUAAGAGGCUGGUCUUGUUUUCGAGCAUGGGCUCUCAAUAUGACAGGGAUAUUGGGAUCUUACGAGUCAACUAUAUUUCGGAUCAAAUCUUGAAGGACAGCGUUGCGGAGGUCGUCAUCCCGCGGCCUGGUUACUUCCAAGAGAAUUGGCAGCACGCAUUCCAGACACUGAAGCUUGAUCCACCAGUAUUCUAUUCACCCAUCUCUCCAGCGAGUCAUAAGAUUCCAAUGAUUAGCAUCGAAGACAUUGGGACGAUUUGUGCCCAGAAAUUACUCGAAGUAGGCCAACCGCUUCCAUCCAAUCCGCACUUCUUUAACCUUUAUGGACCGAGACAUUACAGCUCUCUUGACGUGAAGAGCGCUCUUGAGGAGAUUACUGGAAAGGCAGUCGAGGCCAUUGUUAUUCCUCCAGACCAACUGUCUUCGUUCUUUGCCGAGCAAGCCCCCCCUUCAGUAACUCAAGAGUUGGUGGAUAUGACAACAGCUGCACUGCCUGGUGGGAUUAUGGUCGGGACCUUCGAGGACGAGGAGGGCACUGUGAGAGGACCUACGGAGCUUGUCGAAACCCUUCGGAAGAUUUAUCAAUCGUAG